ACCAGGUCCCUGAUCGGAAAAAUUUGUGCAAAAAGUCCCUAUGAAUGAAAAUCGUUUGGGGCAAGUCCUCGCCGGAGCCCGGAGCUCCGGCGAGUGAUGAAGUGGCGUGAUGACUAGAUAAAAACUGAUGACAUGGCAUUAAAAAAAAAAUUAUUUUAACAUUAAAUUAAACAUAAACUAAUUUGUUUUAAUCCUCAAUUAACAAACUUAAGCAUAUUUCCCCAAACCUUUUCCUAAUUACCCACUUAUUACCCUCAAUUCCUAAACCCAAUCCCAAUUCCAUUUCCUAAGUUCAUCUGCAUUCUUAACUUUUCAUGUGAGAACCUAAGUUCAUCUGAGAAACCUAAGUCCAAUCCUUCCUGUGCGUUCGUUCGUUCUUCUGGCAAAGUGGAUAUACAUUUCUUUCCUGUUCGAUUUGGCAAAGUGUGAAGGGAUUUGCAGGAUGGUGUUUACCUUCAUUGUUCGCCAUGGUGGUUGGUUUGGAACCUCCCCUUACUGCCAUUAUUUUGGUGGUGGUCGAAGUGUUUUUCCUGAUCAAGAUGAAGAUAGAUGGUCAUACAUUGACACUGUUGACAUGAUCAAAGAGCUGGGAUACAAGGAGUUUAAUUUGUGGUGGUCAUACAUUGACACUACUGAGGAUGUUCCUAAAGAAGUGUUCAGGCCUUACAAAUCUGAUUCUGAUGCACUGGAAAUGGCUACGAUUGCUGCUUCAAAGGGUGAAGGUGUCUUGUUUGUUGAAAAUCUGUCAAAAGAGCCACUCUCAAUGCAUGUUAGAAAUUUUGAACCAAUUGUACCUUCUGUGGUGAAUGAAAAAGAGAAAGCUAGAAAGAAGAAGGCUCAACCAACAAAGAUGAAAACUGUUAGAAGGUCCCACCGGUUACAAGCUGUGGUGAGGAAAUCAAAUAACUUGGGCAAGCCAAGCCUAGUUGUUAUUUCUGAUGAUGAGGACUUGCAUGGUGAAGUCACUCUUCAUUCUCAGUUUCCAAUUGAUGAAAAUGUUCCUGAAAAUGGGAUUGCUCCUGAUGUUACAGUGUCUGAAUCUUUGCAGGUUGCUGAAAAUGUGCCUGAAAAUUUGAGUGCUCCAAUGGCUCCAGCUGUUGAUGAAAUUGUGCCUGAAGUCCAGGUUGUUCCUGAAAACUUGGUUGAAUCCGACAAUAAUAUUCCAAAAGUUAUUGAUGGAGAUGAUGAUCAGAGUGAUGUGUCUAAUCAAGGCAUUAGACUUGAGGAUAGUGAAGAAGAAAGAGACCUUCAACAAGAAGAUGAAUUAACGAACCCAGCUUUUGCAGAGGCAGAGGAUUUGUUGAAUAAGCAUAUCACACAAAUGCUUAAUGGUAGGUCUGCUGAUGGUAUGGGGAUGGCUUUUGGGGAUGACCCUGACUUUGAUGGAGGGUAUGAGAGUGAAGAUUUGGAAAGUGUGGCAACUGAUUCUGAGAUGGAAGAUGUUCCUAGGAGAAGAUACCCAAAGUUUGUGGAGGAGCGUUUGGGCCCAGAUUUCAAAUUCAUUCUUGGAAUGGACUUUGCAUCCCUUGAUCAGUUCAAGGAAGCUCUAACUGAUGUUUGUGUAACGAAUGGCAGAGAAUACAAAUUCCUGAAAAAUGAUAGCAUUAGGUGCAGGGUGGCGUGUAGAAGUGAUGAUUGUCCAUGGCUCAUUCUGUGUAGCAAGGUUGGUAACAAGAAAUCUUACAGAAUCAAAACUCUAGUUGAUAACCACACAUGUGCUAGAGUGUUUGAUAAUAAGUCUGCAAAUAUAAAGUGGGUGAAGAAGAAGCUGUUGAAUACAGUCAGGACAGUCAACAAAAUCAGCACCAAUGAAAUUGUAGAUGACUCCAGAGUUAACCUUGGGACUGGUAUAACCAGAUACAGAGCAUGGAAAGGCAAACAGUUGGCAACUGAAGAGGUUGAAGGUGCUGUUGAAUUACAGUAUACCCUCUUGUGGAGAUUUAGUAAUGAAUUGAGAGCAAGGUCAGCAGGAAACACAUGCAAGAUGAGCUUUGAAUCACCCAGAACCACAUUGUUUCCUAGAUUCAGCAGAUAUUAUAUGUGCUUGGAUGGCUGUAAAAGAGGGUUUCUAGCUGGAUGCAGGCCAUUCAUAGGCUUGGAUGGAUGCCAUCUCAAGACUAAACAUGGAGGGAUACUGUUGGCAGCAGUUGGUAGAGAUGCAAACGAGCAGUAUUUCCCUCUAGCCUUUGCUGUUGUUGAAUCUGAAACCAAAGAUAGUUGGAGAUGGUUUAUGGAGCUUUUGAUGGAUGACAUAGACCCCACAAGAUCAAGCAGAUGGGUAUUUAUCUCCGAUCAACAAAAGGGAUUGAUGGAGGUCUUCAAAGAAGAUAUGCUGCAAGGUGUUGAACAUAGACUAUGUGUAAGGCAUCUUUAUGCAAACAUGAAAACUAAAUUUGGAGGUGGUGUGCUUCUAAGGGACCUAAUGAUGGCUGCUGCCAAGGCUACAUAUGAAGCAGCUUGGAAAGAAAAAAUGCAAUUAAUAAAGGAGCAUAACGAAGUUGCUUUCCACUGGUUGAUGGAGAAGCCAACUUCAAGCUGGUGCAGACAUGCUUUUAGUUGGUUCUCUAGAUGUGAUGUGGUUAUGAACAACCUAUCAGAAGCCUUCAAUUCUGCAAUUAUAUUGGCCAGAGACAAACCUAUCCUAACCAUGAUGGAGUGGAUUAGGACCUAUGUCAUGGGAAGGUUCCCAACAAUGAUGGAGAAGCUGAACAAGCAUCCUGGACAAAUCAUGCCUAGGUCAUUGAAGAGGAUAUCACAUGAGGUUGACCACAGUAAGAACUGGGUCACUAGGGCUGUUGGUGUUCUAAUGUUUGAGGUUCGCCAUCUAAUCACUUUGGAGAGACAUGUUAUCAACUUGAGGGAUAGGACUUGUUGCUGUAAUUUCUGGCAGUUGAAUGGCUUUCCAUGCAGACAUGCAGUGGCUGCAAUUUCUUUUCAUGGCCAUGAUCCAAAGGCCUAUGUACAUGAGUGCUACCAGAGGGCUGCUUAUAGAGCAACAUAUGAGAAUUUUGUCACACCAUUACCUGGACCUAACCAGUGGAUUGUUACUCCACAUGAUCCUGUAUGCAUUAUGCCACCAUUGUAUAAGAGAAGAGCUGGUAGGCCCAAGAAAUUGAGGAGAAGAGACCCAUGUGAUGAUCUUAAUCCAAAAUGA